GAGCAGGUCUGAAUAGGGAGCCGCAGAAGGCCUGCUCGGAUCGGGAACUCUGACAUUCACCGCACAGGGGGCUGGUGGAUUAUGACGUGCACUGGACAGCUACUGUCGGCUGUGUUUUGAGGAGAAGAUGCGAUGGAGGAUUCUAGCUUCUCUAAGCUUGUGCUGCUGCUGACAUUGUGUGUGUUGCUUGAGAGGACGGAGGCAUUACCAUUUGGCGGGGGGGCUGAGGAUCACAACAGUCGCAUCAGAGGUCUUUGGAGGCUGCAGAUGAAGGAGACCAAGUCCAAAGAAAAGGCCGCACCUUCUCACCCAAACAUGAGAGCGGGCAGGAAGCAGUUGCUGUACUGCCGCGUGGGGAUUGGCUAUCACCUGGAGAUCCCACCCAGCGGCCCAGUGAGGGGGGUCCACAUCCCAACCAAACACUGUUACCUGAGGGUGUUUGCCAUGAAGCAUGGUGUGGUGGGCAUCAGAGGAGUGACCGCUGGCCUGUACCUCUGCAUGAAGGCCGACGGAGUCGUCUACAGCUCUGAGUCCUUCUCCGAUGACUGUCUCUUCAAAGAGAAUCUGGAGGAGAAUUUCUACACCACCUACUCGUCCCUGUCCCACCCUGGCCUGUACCUCGCCCUGUCCAACAAGGGGGAGGUCAAGAGAGGGACCAGUGUGUCCCGCCACCAAGCCCGCACGCACUUCCUGCCCCGCAGAGCGCCCUGAGCCCCCUACAGGCGACCACCACGUUGAGGGGGGAAAAGAUCAAGAAACAGGAUACUGUGGGCCAUCUUGACUCCCAACAUGUCCCAUGGUGGAGCAUGUUGGCUUCCUGUUUGGACUUAAGGCAACUCUGUACCUUGGAUCCUAAAUGAGGGGUUGGGGUGCUGAUGCAUUGUGGGAUGGCCGUAGGGCAGGGUACUGUCGUACAGGACGAUGU